AUGUUUGUCUGGAUGAAGACUGUCCUUAGGGUCGUGAGCAAGUCUACCUUUCGUCUCUGGGUCGUCCUCAAUGGAUGCGCUCAGCACUCUGAUCUCACCCUUGUUGCCAGCAUCGUGGGCGGUGCAUUCCGACCCAUGCAGAACCAGGUGUGGGAGGCCUCUGUCCAGAGUGAUGGCACUGCCUACAUGGACAUCCAAGUGAGACGUAGGCCCAGAGUACGUGACACCAACUUCCAGAUGGUCGUCGAGGUGAAGUGCCGUCGAACAGGUCGUUCAAUAACCAAAUGGCCACAUCCGAUCAAUGUCAGCUUUACAUCGGCCGCAAGGUACCUUCCACCGCCCUUCCUCUACUCUUUGAGAGUGCAGCCACGACUAGAUGGCAGUCAGGCUGCUAUUGCUGGACACUACCGAGUGAAGGUUCAUGCCGACUACCUGAUGUUUGGUCUAAUGAGAUCAAAGAAGGGUACGGGCACACCCAACGCCCUGACAUUCUUUGUUCUCCAAUGGACUGGGGUUGCUGGGCAGUCGAGAGCACUGAUCACGGACGUAGUCGAACUGCAUCAACUCGAUGACAUUAACCAUGCUGAGGAGUCUGUUUGUAUGAACUUGGCGCAACAAUGGGUCCGAUCGCCAUUGGAUGGUCCGCCUUGUCUUUUAGUCGCAGCCUACACGUACAGAGAUACCAAUCCCCAGACAGGACCAACACCCAGCAACAAGAAUAGUAUCCAUCAUCCAGGACCUAUUCGCAAUCUCAUUGGACGUGAUUGGGGAACAUUAUUGGUUGAAUACCAACUUGCCAAUCCCAAACCAGAGAUGCAUAACUUUACCUAUCUACCUAUUAUUCUGAUUGAUUGA